AUGGAAAUUGACAGAGAAGAUGGCAGAAAGCCGAAUCAACUGAGACCACUUGCUUGUUCUCGUAACAUCCUUAACCGUCCUCAUGGCUCUGCUAGUUGGUCGCAAGGGGAUACAAAAGUCCUAGCUGCAGUUUAUGGACCUAAAGCAGGAAUAAAGAAGAACGAAAACCCUGAGAAGGCUUGCUUUGAAGUCAUUUGGAAGCCUAAAUCCGGACAGAUUGGAAAAGCCGAAAAGGAGUAUGAGAUGAUACUGAAAAGAACAAUCCAGAGUAUUUGUGUAUUGACUGUGAAUCCAAAUACGACCACGUCAGUGAUCAUUCAAGUUGUACAUGAUGAUGGUUCUCUUCUACCGUGUGCCGUAAACGCAGCAUGUGCAGCUCUUGUAGAUGCAGGAAUUCCUAUGAAGCAUCUCGCUGUUGCUAUAUGUUGUUGCUUGGCUGAUAAUGGAUCUAUCGUACUCGAUCCAAGCAAGCUUGAAGAAAAGAAAAUGACGGCUUUGGCUUAUUUAGUCUUUCCAAAUACAACUCUCUCUGUUCUUCCGGAAGGAUCAUCACUCGUGGAAGGCGAGCCGGUAGAGGAUGGUAUCAUUACAUCAGUCACCUAUGGAGUAAUGUCAGUGGACGAUUAUUUCCUAUGCGUAGAGAAUGGUCGUGCUGCUACGGCGAGUUUAUCAGCAUUCUUCAGGAAGAACUUCCAACAAAGCCAAAAAGUUUCAUUCAAAGCAUGA